AUGGCGGGUAAUGAGGAGAAGAGGGAGCUGUUGAAGGGUCCAUUGGAGAAAACGCUGCGAUGUCCCCAGGCGUCGAUUUCCAGUGCGACCAUCGACUUCGCCCAACCACAGACGCAAGAUCAACGCGUAACCGUUUUCGACUCGAGCAUCACGUCUGAACCGUUUCUGGAUUCAGUUGUGCUCGAAAACCUGAGGAAGAGACAGCAGAGGGAGAGCGAGGCCAAGAGUGUCGGGCACAAGACGACAAGAUGA